UCGUUAUCCUGACCCCUAGCAUUAUUAAAACCCCCGUGAGCCCCUUGCCCCCUGCACAAUGUCCAGCGCCGCAGCCCAAAGCUGUUGCUUGUGCUAACUCCCCGAGUCCAGCUGCUCUUCGGCCCGCUACUGUCUCCAGCCUCACCCCUUCCCCUUCGUCUCCCUCGUCUUCGACCCCGCGCCUCAUCAGGAACUCUCCUGUCUUUGCUGCCCCCUCCACAAUUGCCACUGCCGUGGAUCGGGAGGAGGAGAGGGUGAUCAUCCAUGAGAUGGGACCGGUAGAGAGGAUGCUGUCCGGCUUUGAGCGGUUCAAGAAGGAGGUCUAUGAUAAGAAGCCAGACUUGUUCGGUCAGCUUGCAGAGGGUCAAAGCCCAAAGUUCAUGGUGUUCGCCUGUGCGGACUCCCGCGUGUGCCCUUCCGUGGUCCUCAACUUUCAGCCUGGCGAGGCCUUCACCAUUCGUAACAUCGCCAACAUGGUCCCACCCUACGACCAGACGAAGUACGCGGGUGUUGGGUCGGCCAUCGAGUAUGCGGUCAUCCAUCUCAAGGUGGAGAACAUCGUGGUGAUCGGUCACAGCCGUUGCGGUGGGAUCAAGGGGCUUAUGUCCAUUAAGGAUGAUGGGACCACCAGCACUGAGUUCAUAGAGAGUUGGGUGAAAAUUGGCCUUCCAGCAAGGGAGAAGGUGAAGGCACAGCACGCGGCUCAGCCUUUCGAGGACCAGUGCACCCAAUGUGAAAAGGAGGCCGUGAACGUCUCUCUCCAAAACCUGCUGACCUACCCCUUUGUCAAAGAAGGGCUAGAGAAGAAGACUCUCAAGUUGAUUGGAGCGCAUUAUGAUUUUGUUAAAGGUAGCUUUGAGACAUGGGAGCCUUAAACUUGCACCAUGCAGACCCCUUAAAUGCUUUGAGUCGUCAUUAGUAACAUAGAAUAACCUUCAGGGUUUCUGACCUGGGGUCUUUUGAUGUGUGAUGUAUGUUUGUAUCAUGUUAUCAUCAAAUACAUCAAUAACAUUAAUGUUAUAAAGAUUUCCUUUCGUAUAAUCUUUUUUUACAAAA